AUGUUUCGACCGACAAUUGGAAUUACCAGCAGACGAGGGAUUGCUAGAGGAGUUACGGUGGUAAGAGUGGCUAGAUGCUAUUCAUCAUCAUCAUCAUCAUCAUCAUCAUCGUCGUCUACUACAAAAGCCGGGUCUCCAUGGACUCGAGGCUGGCGUAAGUGGGCGUUGGCAGUGGGGUUUCUGGGUGUCGGAUACGGAGUAGGAGCAUGGAAUUUUGAUCAUUUUGGACCGAAACGCUCGCAGGCAGACAUUGAUGCCGAGCUAGAUAAAGAGCCAGAAUACAAGUACAUUCACGGGCACCCGUAUGUGAAGGCACUGAGGGCGGAGCAGGCCGAGACUGGGCGGUGGAAAGAGAGCCGGUACUACGACGCGGUGCCAUUGUUGCACCGAGGGCACAUGCUGACUUCUGGGUUACUGCGAGGCCCUGGGUACUUGACUGUUGAGCCGAUCAUGUUCCAGGACAAAACUGCAGGUGAAAUUGUUGUGUUUUAUCAUGUGGGCAACAAGCUUGAUGGGCAUGAUGGGAUAGUUCAUGGCGGGUUUUUGGCGACUUUGAUGGAUGAGGCACUAACACGAUGCGGGUUCCCAUUGUUGCCUAACAAGUACGGAGUGACAGGAACUUUGGAGCUCAACUACCGAGCACCUACGCCUGCCAACUCAUACGUGAUGCUAAGGGGUAAGGUUGAAAGCGUAAAGGGUCGCCGGGUGGUUUCAAAAGGUGUAUUGUCAGCGCUGCCUGAAUACGAUGGUGAUAAGGUGACGGGACCUGAGAACCGGGUUCUUGUUGAAGGCGAAGCGCUUCUUGUUGAACCUCGGUGGGCCAAGUAUGUGGUGUGGAUGUUACCAGGUUAG